UGACGCGUGGACGCAGCCUGUGUGUGCGGAAGUAAUGGUCGUGGUGUGUGUUUGUGUAUGUGGAGCAGCCGGACGCGUCGCAUGAACCCGCGUGAGGGUGUGUCAGGAUGUUGGAGUCGUAUGUGUCUCCUCUGCUGAUGAGUUAUGUGAACCGCUACAUAAAGAACCUGAAGCCGUCAGACCUGCAGCUGUCACUAUGGGGCGGCGACGUGGUGCUGAGCAAACUGGACCUGCGGCUGGACGUGCUGGAGCAGGAGCUGAAGCUGCCCUUCACCUUCCUGAGCGGCCACAUCCACGAGCUGCGCAUCCAUGUGCCCUGGACCAAGCUGAGCUCAGAGCCGGUGGUCGUCACCAUCAACACCAUGGAGUGCAUCCUGAAGCUGCGGGACGGAGCCACGGUCAGUGUCAAGCCCACACUGUAGCUGUAGUAGCAUGUG